CCCACAAACCGUCAGUAUUGUGAGAAAUCGUGAACGGAACAGUUUGGUCACGUCUCCAUUGGAGCUUCGCUCGUUUCGUUUGGUAGUGGCAAUAAGCGCCUGCUUCGAUCGGUUCGGUCACUGUUUUACACUAUCUUAGUAGGCUUGGCGCUGUGAGUGUGUUCAAUAACUGCCGUGCAAUCGAAGGUGCAAACAUCUGAUCAGCCGUCUCUAAUAGCAACUGUUUUCAGUUAUCGAGAGUUGCCGAUCGCUAGCGACACAGCUAAUUGAAUCAUUGUCUCAACAACCGCGAGGACCGUAAAGAAUAAUUCCCCUCUUUUCAUCGAACCCAGUAUUUUGUGAUAAACCGCGCUUAGGUGUACAUAUAAUUUAUUAACCAGCGGUCAUUCCACACACAUCCCAAAGUGCAAUAAAAAAAAAAUCAAAUUACUCCAUAACCUCGAACGAACAAACCGCAACGCUGUCGAAGAAGGAAAAGAAAAGCAAAAGUGAAAAUCAGAACGCAUCAAAGGAAGCCACACGUGCUCGGGCGAUAGAGAAGGAGAGUGCUUUGAUUGGUGUUCGUCGUUUGUGAAAUGUCCGUCAGUUGUUAUCGUUCGUGAGCAGUGUUUGCAGGGAAAACCCCCGCCCGUCGAUCGAGUGGUGGAAAUUAUCAGUGCAAUUUGAAAUUAGGGCGUGGUGCAGCAAGAAACGCUGAAAGUGAUCGUAGGAGGAUAUUGAAGAUCGAGCAGAAUCUACAGCAGUGACACACUAUGGAGUUUCGGUUCAACUGUCAUCCGCUGUUUAGGCAGCGCAUUGUGCUGAUCAACAACUCACUUCUGCCGACCGGAUUCGUUGCUCAGCACAGGAGAGAGGCUCUCGAUGCCACCGCACAAAUCUCCGAAAUCAUCAACUUUGUCGGUCAACUGUCUGCACAAGCACAGGGAUUGUCGAAUCCGGUGACGACGUCACAGAAGCUGCGCAACUCCGAUCACCACAUCUAUCUGAUGUUUGAAUCGAAUCAAAAACAUGGACUGGUAGUGGGCAUUCUGAAAGUCGGCCGCAAAUCCCUGUACGUGUUCGACCAAAAUGGCGAGACGGUGAAUGUGACGGCGCCCUGCGUGCUGGAUUUCUACGUGCACGAGUCGCGACAACGCGGCGGAUUGGGUCGGGAGCUGUUCGACCACAUGCUCAAGGAGGAAAACAUCCAUCCGGAAGAGAUGGCCAUCGAUCGACCGUCGGAGAAGCUGCUCGGAUUCCUGCAGAAGCAUUAUGGACUCUACAAGAAGAUACCGCAAAUGAACAAUUUCGUCGUGUAUGAGGGUUUCUUCGCCAACAAGCAUCACGCCUCGGACAUAGAUGGUCGUCGCAUGCACAUCACCGCCAGUCCUAACACGAACCUCUUCGGGCCCACAUUCACCACCGUCGGGGAACAGCUGAGGUCCAGCUCGCAAACGCGUCAGCAGGUCGUAUCCCCGCCAGUCGUCCAGCAACCCCCGGUGGGUCGCUAUGCGGCAAAACGACCAUCCUGCAGUAUGGCACAGAUAAUUCACAACAGCCCCACGACGGUAUCAACGGAACCUAAUAGCACUUCUUCUUCCACUAACAACCAUCAUGCGCCUCCAGCUGCUUCCACUAACAAUAAUGACUACGAAAACCAUCAUCACGAUCAUGAUCACCUCCAUCACGAUUCGGCCGAGUUCGACCGGGAGCAGGAAGCGGACCCGGAACCACAACCCGGCAGCAAUAAUGGUGACGGUGUUGCUGAGGAGGUCCUUACUGCCAAUAUGCGAAAUUUGUCCAUGUCGGAACCGACCGGUGACUACAUUGACUAUCAUACCGAUCAUCAUCAUCAUCAGCUUCAGCAGCAGCAGGUGAAGUUUGCCGAUGACUAUGCAGACAUUCCGGAACCGGAGGCCGAUCCGGAUCCGUACAGCUUCCAUCCGCAUCAUCUCGAGCUAUCGCAACAGCAACAGCAUCAGGAGAUGAUGACUAAUCGUGAAAAUUCUGCUUCUCCUCAAUCGAUCAGCCAGCAGCAGACGCCGGAACAUCCGGGUUUCAAGAAACCGAUUCGGUACACUAAGCAGCACACUGGCCUGAAGAAUAUGUCCUCCGGAGUGGGUGCCGCCGUAAUGCCUUCGGGAAAGAUGGAAUUCGAUCAGGAGGAGAACGAAGGAUUCGGAUCGGUGAAGAUCAACCGACCGAUUGGAAAGUCCAGCACCCGUAACAGUCUGUCGGGGGAUAAUGAUAACGAAUCGGUUCACUCGAAAGGCUCCGAUGGUAGCCAUGGUCAUUUUGAUCUGAAGUUCUACCACAACAAGUUGUGGUAAAUGCUUUUCAGAAAAUCAUAAUUUUCUAGCAAUGUAAUAUACUGAAACAAUGAUCUCCUAAUCUGAAACCUGUCGCUGCUAAGUAUCAUCGGAGGCUGCAUGAUUUCUCGUAGUCAUCUCUCGCAUUAGAAAAUUGAGAACCUGAAAAUCGCUAACAAUAUUGUUGUGUAGAUGUCGUCGCUUGUUGUACAUGUAGUUGAACUGUUCAGUUACCACCAGCUCAAAGUUUUGUUUGAGUCCUGUUUCGUUAAGUUAAUUUGUUGAUUUUCGAUGAUUUGUUGCAGAAACAUUCAGGAAGAUUUCCUCAAAGAUUACAUCAUCCACUGAGAGGAAAUGUCGUUGAAAAUUCUUCUCGAAAUACUGAUCUUUUUACUGAAAUAUGAUACACACUACAAAGAUAUAUGAAUGUGCAAUUUAAAUAAACCAUUCCAUUUCGAUAUCGUAGACUAUUAGAGGGUAUGAAAAACAAAUGAAAUCGUGCAAAUUUUUAGUAUUAGAACAAUAAAACCAAAGAAACAUAUUUAAUCGAUAUGACUUGUCCUGUAUACAGUGCAAAGGUAUAAGAAUAUGAUACACGAAUGAAUAUAAUGAAAUUAAUCUUAAACAUCCGAAAA